GCGGGGUGGGCGUGGCCUCUCGGAGCCGAGGCGGGGGCGCCGAGGAGGUGCCUGCCUGCCGCGGAAGAGCGGGGGGCGGGGCUUGAGGAGGGGGCGGGGCCGGGAGAGGCUCCGCCCGCCCCGCCUCUGCCCAGCUGUGGCCAGCAGCAGCGGCGCGCGCCUCAGCAGCAGCGAGUCGGGCUCGAGCGCCACAGCUGAGCAGCAUCAGCAUCAGCAGGCGGCGGCGAGAGCGCCAUCCUCCCCUUCCUCCUCCUCCUCCUCCUCCUCCUUCUCCCUGCAGCAGGCUGGGCGGCGGGCGGGCGCAGCCAUGGCCGACGACCCGGCGACGGUGGAGGCUCCGGCCGCGGCUCCGGUUCCCCCAGCCGACCCCGGCCCGGAGGGCGAGGAGGGCCCGGUGCUGCGCUUCGCCCGCAAAGGCGCGCUCCGCCAGAAGAACGUGCACGAGGUGAAGAACCACAAGUUCACCGCCCGCUUCUUCAAGCAGCCCACCUUCUGCAGCCACUGCACCGACUUCAUCUGGGGCUUCGGCAAGCAAGGCUUCCAGUGUCAAGUGUGUUGCUUUGUCGUCCACAAGAGGUGCCAUGAAUUCGUUACCUUCUCCUGCCCGGGUGCAGAUAAGGGCCCUGCCUCAGAUGACCCCCGGAGCAAACACAAGUUUAAGAUCCACACGUACUCCAGCCCAACCUUCUGCGACCACUGUGGCUCCUUGCUGUAUGGGCUCAUCCACCAGGGGAUGAAAUGUGACACCUGCAUGAUGAAUGUCCACAAACGCUGCGUCAUGAACGUACCAAGUCUUUGUGGGACGGACCACACCGAGCGCCGGGGCCGGAUACACAUCAAGGCGGACAUCGUAAGCGAGGUCCUCACCGUUGUAGUACGUGACGCGAGGAAUCUGGUUCCCAUGGACCCCAAUGGCUUGUCAGACCCUUAUGUGAAGCUCAAGCUCAUCCCCGACCCGAAAAGUGAGAGCAAGCAGAAGACAAAAACCAUCAAAUGCUCUUUGAACCCCGAGUGGAAUGAGACCUUUAAGUUUCAGCUGAAAGAGUCUGACAAGGACAGAAGAUUGUCUGUGGAGAUCUGGGAUUGGGAUCUGACCAGCAGGAAUGAUUUCAUGGGGUCACUGUCUUUUGGCAUCUCGGAGCUGCAGAAAGCCGGUGUAGAUGGCUGGUUUAAGCUGCUGAGCCAAGAAGAGGGCGAAUACUUCAACGUCCCCGUUCCCCCCGAAGGCGAGGAGGGCAAUGAGGAGCUCAGGCAGAAGUUUGAGAGAGCCAGGAUUGGCCCAGGAUCCAAAGCGAUGGAGGAGAGGACGUUGAACGCCAUCUCCAAAUUCGACAACAACGGGAGCCGUGACCGCAUGAAACUCUCGGACUUCAACUUCCUGAUGGUGUUGGGGAAAGGCAGCUUUGGAAAGGUGAUGCUCUCGGAAAGGAAAGGCACGGAUGAGCUCUACGCGGUGAAGAUUCUGAAGAAAGACGUGGUCAUCCAAGACGACGACGUGGAGUGCACCAUGGUGGAGAAGCGCGUGCUUGCUCUGGCCGGGAAGCCCCCCUUCCUCACGCAGCUCCACUCUUGCUUCCAGACCAUGGACCGCUUGUAUUUUGUCAUGGAAUAUGUGAACGGGGGUGACCUCAUGUACCAGAUUCAACAGGUCGGGAGGUUUAAGGAGCCACAUGCCGUGUUCUAUGCUGCCGAAAUUGCCUUUGGGCUCUUCUUCCUCCACACCAAAGGGAUCGUUUACCGAGACCUGAAACUUGACAACGUGAUGCUGGACUCGGAGGGGCACAUCAAGAUUGCUGAUUUUGGCAUGUGCAAAGAGAAUAUCUGGGACGGGGUCACCACCAAGACCUUCUGUGGCACUCCAGACUACAUCGCGCCCGAGAUAAUUGCUUAUCAGCCCUAUGGGAAAUCCGUUGACUGGUGGGCCUUUGGAGUCCUGCUGUACGAAAUGUUGGCUGGGCAGGCCCCGUUUGAAGGAGAAGACGAAGACGAGCUCUUCCAGUCCAUCAUGGAGCACAACGUGGCCUAUCCCAAGUCCAUGUCCAAGGAGGCCGUGGCCAUCUGCAAAGGGCUUAUGACCAAGCAUCCGGCAAAGCGCUUGGGGUGUGGCCCCGAAGGAGAGCGGGACAUCAAGGAGCACGCCUUUUUCCGCUACAUCGACUGGGACAAACUUGAACGGAAGGAGAUCCAACCUCCUUUCAAGCCAAAGGCUAAAGACAAACGUGAUACUUCCAACUUCGAUAAAGAGUUCACGAGGCAGCCAGUGGAACUCACACCCACAGACAAACUCUUCAUCAUGAACUUGGACCAGAAUGAGUUUGCGGGAUUCUCCUACACUAACCCUGAGUUUGUCAUUCAUGUCUAGGCAACAUGGCAAAUGUUCCCGCCUUUGUCUUUACAGGUCUGAACUCCAGAUUGCCUUGUAUAUAGUCUUGACACUAGUCUUCCGGGGUUAAUGGUGCAUCUAUUCAUACAUCCACAUGCCCUCAUAGGAAAAGAGGUGCCCUCUUGUCUUAGGUGGUUGUUCCUGUGUGUGUACAAAUGGCUAGCUUGAUCCAUACAUCCGUUGUGUGUGUGUGUGUGUGUGUGCGAUAUAUAUAUAUAUAUAUAUAUAUAUAUAUAUAUAUAUAUAUAUAUAUAUAUAUAUAUAUUCAUUCACACACAUAUAUGUAUUGAGUUUGUUCUUGGAGUCAUCAGCCAAGAGGUAGCAUUGCUAGACCCUCCAACCAACCAGUGGCUCCCAAUAGAGUUUUGAAACAUGUCCGAGUAUUGUCUCAAAAUGCCAAAUUGACUACAGUCUUUGUAAUUUUCAAAUUUCUCUGAAACGGAGAUGCAGAUGUUUCUUGUCUUCUUGGAAUGCUAAGCAUGGUCGAUAUUCUCAACGGUUGUGCCGCAGCUUCUCAACGACUGUGAUCUUGUCUUAAAAGAACAUUCUUUCUCUGUUCAAGUCUGGACUAGACCAAGUCAACCCGUUGGUGUGAAGAAUUGCUUCCUAGACUCGCCUCUCUUGAAAUCUGCAGUGAAUCUGUCUUCCCCUCUAGUUUACUGUGAACGCAUUUUAGAACAAUCAUCCGUAUACAGGCAGAGGACUUCAGUAAGGGGUUUCUGUUCCAGUUCUUGUAAUUUGAAGCAAAUUUUUGUAAGCAAAGCAAGAGAUAAUAACAAUAAUAAUAAUGAGGCAGCAUUUUUAAAUCACUGGGACAGUUUGCAGUUUUAAUGGUGCUGUUUGAGGAAUUCCAUUUUUUAAACAAACUCUUGGAAGUGAUAGGUUCUGGAGGAACUGCUAGCAUUCAGCCAAGGCACAGCCGCCCAGGUGAGAUUGGUGUAUGGUUUAGAAAUGGCAGCUGUGCCCACAAGAGGAAGGAAAUCCUGGAGAGGCUUGCUUCUGAUGGGUGGGACUUCUCCUCUGUUAUGAUCUGGAUAUUAAUGUGAUUGAUUUCUCCCAGCAUUUUGGCUUCCUGUUUCCAGGCCUUGCUCUUUUCUCAAUUAGUAAUACAAAACCAUGUGUAUAAUUUUUUUAAGAACACAGAAUGUUAUUUUAAAAAUUCUGCUGGUAUUUUUAAUCAACAGUUUCAGCAUCCUCCUCAUGGCUGGAAGAGAGAGGGUGCCGACUGGGAGAGCAGAGCCAGGAGAGAUGGACUUUCAUUGGGGAUGAAGCCGGUUAGGGUUGGGGGCAGGAGGUGCUGGGGGUGGGGGUGGGUUCUUCAUGAGUUGCAGCCUGUGUGCAAGCACGGAGUGUCCCCGAUUACACUUGCCAGCUGUUUUUCUGGACUGGGCUUCCAAUCUGCAAAGGGAUCUAAAAUCAGAUGGAUAGAUGGAUGGAUCGAUAGACAAAUAGACAGGCAGACAGAAAGACAGGCAGGCAGAUAGGUACAAAGGACAGGAGAUUAGGACGGGUGUGCUUUUUUCUAAAUAAGCGCUGGGGGACAGGUGUCGGUUAGCACAUCAGCAUGUGGGAUGGGGCCCUGAUCCUUUGUCCCUGCUAUAGCCCUGAUCUGUAUCAGAGACCGCCCUUGGCUGCUGUUUCCCCCCCUUGGGGCCCAGGGGGUGGGGGGGCAGCUGGUUUGCAACUGGGGGCAGGGGCAUGCUGUUGAAGCCUCCCUCUCCCUCUCUCUCUCUCUCUCUCUCACACACACACACACACCAUAACUCUGAUUUAAAACAACAACAACAACAAGCACAUCUGCUAUCAUGAACGCCACACUUCUUCACAGAGCAUACAAUUCAGCCCUUGGUUUCCAGGGCAUCUUUUCAAGCGAUCCGUCCUGGAGGGAAGCGUCCGAUUCACGAGUGAGACUCCCCCACACCUCCAUAUAGAAGAUGGAAAGAAGCGAAUGCCGGCUUCUUUGAGGUCUCUGACCCACUUCCUUGCUCUUCAGGCUAGACCAGAGUUGGCCAAGCUGAAGCACUCUGAGCUGUUGGACUACAACACCCAUCAUCCUCAGCCACAAUUUGUUGUGGCUAGGGAGGAUGGGAGUUGUGGUCCAACAACAGCUGAAGGCCAACCCUGGACCAGACAGGGUCUCCCCAUCAGGACUGGCACGGACAGGUCUGCUUUCCUCCUCUUCUUCUGUACUCCUGAGCAAGUGCUGUAGAAGGAGAGAAAUAAAACUGCAAAUUGUACCAGCUGAAAAGAGAGUUGCUAUUAUGAGAAGUUUUGCAUUGGGCUAAGAUUGGGGUAGGUUCUGCUGUCAUUUCAGUGACAUGAUGUUAUUUUCUAUGACUCCAGUGUUUCUGCCCAAGGCCGCCUUAAACCCUUCUGUGGACACGUCAUUGAGUUUCCAAGCAUGUACCUUUCUUUCAAAUAUAUUGCUAUGGAGUUAA